AUGAACACCAAACUUUUCUGGGAGAAUGUCAACAAGCGUAUGAAGUAUGAACGAGCACAAAGACUACAGCGACGCCGAAAGGCUGGUGUCAAACGCAGCGUUAAGAUCAACCAAAUGGAUGAAGAAAAGCAGCUCCAGAUUGAAUGUCUUCUUCAGGUCCUCGAAGAGUAUGUCACUGCGUCUUUAUCACAUCCGGAGGAGCCUUAUCGCAAUGAACAAUUAUCCGAAGAUAUAGAUAUAAUUUAUAUUGCGGUACAGAAGCUGAAGAAAGAUAUGGCGGAUGAUGUGCUCCUCGCCGCUGGCAUUUCGAGUGAAGCUGAGGACAACGCAAAUGAAAAUGAAAGCCCGGGAUUGACGUUAGCACUAAAAGUGCUCGAUGAUCUGGCCAAUGAUACCAUCACCAACAAAGAAAAUGACAAACACGGUUUUGCUACUUCUUUGCAUGCGAACGAAGAAGAGUUUGAAGAGGGAAAAGAAAACUUGACGAAAAAUCUCGUGGAAACUGAAAGUUCUGAAGUUGUUAACAAAGAUAGCAGCGUUAGUGGUCCUGAGAUUCUCUCUACAAAGAACAUGAGCAGUGGUGAUAAUGGUAAUGAAAGUGAAGUUCUAGCUUCAACAAAAGAUGUGUCGCAAAACAUCCAUCGUUCUUCUGACGAAAGUAAUGCGCCAUCUUCACAGCAGUUGUCAUCAAAACCAUCUAAAGAGUGCGACAUCACUACGGACGCUGUAGCAGAUGCAACUGACACUGAGGACAAUACUAGACCAGGUGCAGUUCAAGUGGAUCAAGUUGGGAGUAAAGGCGAGGCACUCAAAAUUGGCGAUGGCAGAAACGACAACCAUGAUGCUGAGGAAGUAGGCACGAAGAGCGCUGGAGUGGUUGAAGGCAUCGCCGAAGAGUCUCAGCAUGAUGAUGCUACCGUUGAUGAUGCUGUGGAAUUAAAUGAUGCAGGCAUUUUUUCCGAUCCGAUCAAUGUGGCAACAAAUGCUAAUCUCGUAGAAUCGCAGUCAGCCGCUGACAAAAGCAACAGGAAAUCUGUGGAUACAACAGAACCUAGGCAAAACAAAGAUACCCUUCGUUUCUUGAAGAAGCCAAAGUUUGCAAUCAACAGGAAGAAAAGUGACAAGCCAUCCAUGUGGAGUCGAACAAUGGAUUCGCGGUCCGAGCAACAGGACUUUUCACAGUUCGAAGAAGACAUGAGAAAAGAGAAACCAAAAUUCAACGUGAAGGGCGACAAACUGUUACUGAAGGCAAUUGCUUCGCUAAAGAAAAACUUGAGUCAGGAGAGAGCAGAAGAAGGACCCAAUCCUGAACCUUUGCCACCAAGACUUCUCGAUGCAGUAAACAAUUUGGACAGCAGUGCUGAAAAUGCGAGUCAGUGA